UCGGGCAGGCAGGCAGUUCGGCAGCUGUUGUGAGAUCGUCGGAGAAAAGAAAGUGUCCGUCAGAGAGACAAAAUAAAAAGGGAUUGAGAAAAGCAAAACAAAGAGAAAGUACGAAGCAAUUGGCAGCGCGAGAGAUUUUUUAUCGGAGUCGCUUUUCCACUUUUCCUUUCAUCAGCCAAAACCAAUUAUGAAGCUACUACACUGCCUCCUAGCGGCGACAUUAGCAACUACGUGGUGCGCCGCCUUCCCGCAAGAUGUCUCUCACCCUCCUAACUUCAGCGGCUUCAAAGCGCCGUUGUUAUUCCCUAACCUGGCGCGUCCUUGGCAAGGUUACCAAAGAACAAGUGAUUUUGGAAUUUCGCCGGUGAAAGAUUUAGGUUAUCCGCCCCACAACGAGUUUGAAUAUCCGCCAGUCAACGGUUUUAACGAAUUCGCUGGACUUCCUGAAACGAAUUUCCUAUCUUCGGAUCUUCAGGAGAGAGAAGUCCCGGAUGAAGUCAGUCCAGAAUCACAGAAUACAUAUAGUAAUGAAAACGCAGUUCAGGUUAAUUCUGAAAAUGUUCCUAACCCGUUUAUGUUUGAAGCCCCUCAGUAUUCCAGGAUUCCUGAAACCAUUCCAGAUUUUCCCAACCACAACUUUAAUAACUUUCCAAUUCCUUAUGCCUUGGAAUACAUAGAAUCCCUGGCUACAAGAACACCACGAUUCCCAUUUCCGUAUAUUCCAGAAUUCCCGGUUCCUGCCUCUCCACCUUCCCCCAUCAUUCCCAAUUUCCUCGUUGGAAUUCCAGAGCAUCUUACCCCAAAGGAGUUGCCACUGAACAAUAUUCUAGGAUUCCCGGUUCCAAAUACCCGCGAAUUCCAGUUUGAUGCCGUGCAGAGAUUCCCUGCUCUUAACAAUCAAGAAUUCCCUCAAACAGUGCCAUCAUAUGUACGUGAAUUCCCAUUUUGGAAUUUCCCGGAUUCCCGAGUGUCCCAGUUGUCCAUGCAAGUGCUUUUGACUCUCGCCUCCAAAUGUUCCAGAUUUCACACUUCCGAAAGAAUCUGGAUUCCCAUUUGGCAAUACUCCUGGAAUCAACAGAAUGAAUAUUCCUGAGUUCUUGGUUCCAAAUGUUCCUGAUUUUAAUGUUCUAAAUCCUUCUGCCUUCUUCGUUCCAAACUUCGAGAUUCCAAAUGUUCCUGAAAUUCCUGUAUCCAACGCCGCCAUUCCCUAUGUCCCCGAUUUUAAUGGUCCAGCUGUUCCUAAUUUCGCGGUUCCAAAUGUCCGAUUUUAAUGGUCCGGCUGUUCCCAAUUUCGCGGUUCCAAAUGUUCCCGAUUUUAAUGGUCCAGCUGUUCCGAAUUUUUCUGUUCCAAAUGUCCCAGAUUUUACUGGUCCGGCCAUCUCAAACGUCCCCUUCUUUAGUGGUCCAGCUUUCCUAACUUCGCCGUUCAACUGUCCCGAUUUUAAUGGUCCAGCUGUUCCGAAUGUCCCCGAUUUUAAUGGUCCGGCUGUCCCAAACUUCGCUGUUCCAAAUGUCCCUGAUUUCACUGGUCAAGCAAACUUUGCUGUUCCGAAUGUCCCCGAUUUUAAUGGUCCAGCUGUUAUUAACUUUCCAAAUGCCCUCGAUUUUAUUGGUGCAGCCGUCCCAAAUAUCCCCGAUUUUGAUGGUCUAGCUGUUCCAAAUUUCGCUGUUCCAAAUGUCCCUCACUCCGCAGUUCAGAAUGGUCACGCAACCCAAACUGGAGAAGAAAUCAAGCCGUCGGAACAGCUACUCCUUCUUGA